AUUUUACCCAGAAUGCAAGAUAUGCCGCCAUUUUUGUCUCUAAAUAGAAGCCGGGAACCCACGCGACCACUUGGACAAGGGGAGAAUAUUGAUUUGAUAGAGAAAAAGUAGGUUCAUCAUCUGUUAUUCCAGAAUGGCAGACAAGAUAGACUUAAGUUUAGAUGACAUAAUCAAACAAAACAAGAAGAGGGGAGGCGGACGUGGUGGUGGCCGAGGUGCGGGACGCGGCGGCGGUGGUGGUAGGAAUUUUAACAAAAGCCCCCGUGGUGGUCGGGGUCGGGGUGGAAGUCGUGGAGGAGGGGGGCGAGGAACCUUCAGAGGUGGCAUCAAUAAACGUAGGAGCAGCGGCACAGGGGCGAGACCUCAACCGUACAACAGGCCUAAAGAAUUACCCGAUGUGUGGCAGCAUGAUAUGUUUGAUGGUGGAGUUGCCCCUAUAAAGCGGUUUGGAGGUGGCGGUGGUGGUGGAAGUGGAGAUGGAAAACUACACAUUUCAAAUCUUGACUUUGGUGUCAAUGACUCCGAUAUACAGGAGUUAUUUGCAGAAUUUGGUCCCCUGAAGAUGGCCACUGUCCAUUAUGACAAAUCAGGAAGGUCAUUGGGAACAGCAGAGGUUGUAUUUGAAAGACGUCCUGAUGCCCAGAAGGCCAUGAAACAGUACAAUAAUGUACCCUUAGAUGGCAGACCUAUGAACAUCCAACUGAUUGGUGCCACAGAAUCAGCCAUAAGCAGAAUAGGCAGGCGCAGCGAUGGUCCUGUUGGUGGUGGUGGUGGUGGUGGCGGCGGUGCAAGGUUUAGUGGCAACAGGCCCCGAGGUCGCGGAGGAAACCGAGGAGGAAGGGGGGGUAGAGGAGGAGGAGGAAGGGGAGGGGGAGGACGAAACAACAAGACACAAAAGACAGCAGAGGAACUGGAUGCUGAACUGGACGCUUACAACUCAAAGGUACACACAACAGAGAGCAACAUUCAAAUGGACACAGAUUAGAGGAAAGUCGGCGGAUAUUGGACAAAUUGGCGAUUUUACGCUAUGUAUUUAAUAGUACUGACCAAGGGACUUGUGCUUUACUAAAGCAAAUGGACUUUAACUCCUACAGGAAUAUUAUGUUGGAUGUGUGUGUGUAUAGAUGAUGUGUGUAAAUGACGACAAGCUUCUGUGGAACACAGACUUGGGACACUGAUCUGAAGAUUUCUGUUGGUAGAGGAAGGCUGAUGGCAAGUGGUCAAGUGAUGCAGACAUUUGAACAACGUGCCAUGGCUCGUGGUUUUAAAAGAGUUUUGGCGUCUUACUCGUAUAUUUUAUUUGUACCGUUUUAAAAUAGACUAUACUUUUGAAUUGACUUUUACGUUAUAGGUAAUGAAAUGUUCUGUUGUACACCUUUGAUUGGUGUUAAAAUCGAAAGGGAGAAAUAAGUUUUAAUUUUAAAAUAUUGAUUUUCACACUUGGUAAAGUCAAGUUACACAUUAUAUUAUCAUUUUGAUAUUAUGUCGCAUAGAAAGUGCAUUAAGUGUUUUAUUUCAUUAUCAUUGUCUCAUCUAAUCAUAAUAUCCAAAGUAUAUGUUUGAAUUUUGUAUUUUUAAAUCGUGGAAAAGUAAAUGUGCAUUUCUUUUUUCUUUGAAAGAAUACCAACAAGUCAGAUGUGUAAUCCUCCAUUUGGAGUAUACAUUUGUAGCUGUCUUCUAUCUUAAUAGGGAUGUAAAAUUUGGCCAAUUGUGAUUUACAAGAUCAGCGAGUCUAAUUAAAACCACCACCCCCCUUCUUUUCCUUACAAUUGUAAGUGAGAAGUGGAUGGUAGCAUUAUAUAGAUGUAUCAGACAGGGUGUACUCCUUCAUCAAGGAAAUUUAUUUCAAUAAAUAUCAUAAAAUCACCAACAAA